UGCUCCCUGCCGGCAGCGCUGCCCGCCCGCCGCCGGGGGCCGCUGGCGCGGAGGCCGCCAUGCCCGGCGCGGGGCAUACGCGGCUGCUGCACCUCGGCGAGAUGGAGAAGCUGGACAAGACCCUCUUCAGGCUGGAGCAAGGUUUUGAAUUACAGUUCCGACUGGGCCCAACUCUUCAAGGAAAGCAUGUUACUGUGUAUACUAACUAUCCAGCUUCUGGAGAAGUGUUUGAUCGCCACAAGUUCAGGACAUUAUCGUGGCACAAUCCUACAGGAAAAGAAGAUGACUCUGACAAAUAUUGCAAACUGGAUCUCCAGAUUUCUGGAUCAUACCAGUAUUAUUUCAGUCUUGGAAAUGAGAAAAGUGGUGGAGGUUACAUAGUUGUGGAUCCUAUUUUGCGUGUUGGAGCUGAUAAUCAUGUGUUACCUUUGGAUUGUGUUACGCUCCAGACAUUCCUUGCUAAGUGUCUGGGACCUUUUCAUGAAUGGGAAGAUAGGCUUAAAGUUGCAAAAGAAACAGGUUACAAUAUGAUUCAUUUUACGCCACUUCAGAAACUUGGACUGUCUAGAUCAUGUUAUUCAUUGGCUGAUCAGUUAGAAGUAAAUACUGAAUUUUCAAGCCAUAAUAAAAAGUGCACUUGGAGCGAUAUAGGCGCUCUUGUGGAAAAAAUGAAAAAUGAAUGGAAUAUGCUUUGCAUCACAGAUGUAGUCUACAAUCAUACUGCUGCUAACAGUGAAUGGCUCAGGAUGCAUCCAGAAUGUGCCUAUAAUCUUGUAAAUUCUCCUCACCUGAAGCCAGCUUGGGUCUUAGAUAGAGCUUUGUGGCACUUGACCUGUAUGGUGGCUGAAGGAAAGUGUAUUGAUAAAGGGCUUCCUCCUUUAAUUGAAAAUGAUCAUCACCUAAAUUGUAUACGUAAAAUAAUCUGGGAAGAUAUAUAUCCAAAAAUUAAACUAUGGGAAUUUUUCCAAGUGGAUGUUAACAAAGCUGUGCAGCAAUUUAAAACUCUUCUAACUCAAGGCAAAAUGAGCACUAAAUCUGAUCGAAAUCAACAUCUUCAGAUAGUUCAGGAUCCCAAUUAUAAACGACUUGGCUGUACUGUAGAUAUGGAUAUAGCAUUGGCAACUUUCAUACCACACAGCAAUGGACCAGCUGCAAUAGAAGAGUGUUGUAACUGGUUUCGCAAGAGAAUUGAAGAACUGAAUGCUGAACAGUACAGACAAACUAAUCACCAUCAAGAGCAGGCUAUCAACUGCCUUGUGGGGAAUGUAGUUUAUGAACGACUGGCUGCUCAUGGUCCUAAACUUGGUCCUGUUACUAGAAAAUAUCCUUUAGUUACCAGAUACUUUACUUAUCCAUUCAAAGAGCUGAUUGUGGAGGAAGAAGAAACUAUGAUACAUCAGCCAGAUAAGGCUUGUUAUUUCAUGGCCCAUAAUGGUUGGGUAAUGGGAGAUGAUCCUCUUAAAAACUUUGCUGAACCAGGAUCAAAUGUUUAUUUGAGGAGAGAGCUUAUUUGUUGGGGAGACAGUGUGAAACUGCGUUAUGGUGAGAAACCAGAAGAUUGUCCUUACCUCUGGGCGCAUAUGAAAAAAUAUACUGAAAUUAUUGCCAAAUAUUUCCAUGGUGUUCGUCUUGACAACUGUCACUCAACACCUAUUCAUGUAGCUGAGGAGAUGCUAGCAACAGCCAGAUCAGUCAGACCUAAUCUUUAUGUGAUAGCUGAACUCUUCACGGGCAGUGAGUACAUUGACAAUAUCUUUGUCAACCGCCUGGGAAUUACCAGCUUGAUUAGAGAGGCAAUGACUGCUUAUAAUAGCCAUGAAGAGGGAAGAUUAGUUUAUCGUUUUGGAGGUGAACCUGUUGGCUCUUUUGUUCAGCCACGUUUGAGACCUCUGAUGCCAGCUAUUGCUCAUGCACUGUUUAUGGAUAUUACACAUGAUAAUGAAUGUCCAAUUCAGCACCGAUCUGCAUAUGAUGCUCUUCCUAGUGCAAUGAUUGUUUCCAUGGCAUGCUGUGCUACAGGAAGCACUAAAGGCUAUGAUGAGCUAGUACCACACCAGAUUUCUGUAGUAUCGGAAGAGAGGUUUUAUUCAAAAUGGAAUCCAGCACCACACCUGAUUUCUGGUGAAGCUAAUUUCCAAACAGGAAUUUUGGCAGGAAGGCUGGCUAUAAAUAGGCUGCAUCAGGAGCUGGGGGCUAAAGGCUUUAAUCAGGUAUAUGUGGAUCAAGUUGAUGAAGAUAUAGUGGCAGUGACAAGACACUGUCCUAACACACACCAGUCUGUUGUGGCUGUAAGUCGAACUGCUUUCAGAGAUCCUAAAACUUCCUUCUACAGUAAAGAAGUACCUGAAAUGUGUAUCCCAGGAAAAAUUGAGGAAGUAGUAUUUGAGGCUAGAACUAUUGAGAGAAAUGCUAGUCUUUACAAAAAAGAUGAGCAUUUUAUAAAUGGAUUGCCUAAUUUCACAGUGGAACUCAGAGAACAUAUCCAGAUUAAAGACAGUAAAAUUAUAAAGCAAGCUGGAACUGCCAUAAAAGGGCCAAAUGAAUUUGUUCAAGAAAUAGAAUUUGAAAACUUAACACCAGGAAGUGUAAUAGUGUUCAGAGUUAGUCUUGACCCAAAGGCACAAGAGGCUGUUGGUGUACUCCGAAAUCAUCUAAUCCAGUUCAGUCCUCAUUUUAAAUCUGGAAGUCUUCCUGAUGAUCGUUCAGCACCAAUAUUAACAACUCUAUUUUCUUCUAUUGCAUCUAAACUAACUUUGGCUGACCUAAAUCAAGUACUGUAUAGGUGUGAGGCAGAAGAACAAGAAGAUGGUGGAGGUUGCUAUAAUGUACCAAACUGGUCACCACUGAAGUAUGCAGGUCUCCAAGGGUUGAUGACAGUAAUGGCAGACAUUAGACCAAAAAAUGAUUUGGGUCAUCCAUUUUGUGAUAAUUUAAGAUCUGGAGAUUGGAUGAUUGACUAUGUCAGUAAUCGUCUGAUUUCACGUGCGGGAGCCUGUGCAAAAGUUGGUAAGUGGUUGGAGGCCAUGUUUGUCUACUUAAAGAGAAUUCCACGUUACCUUAUCCCAUGUUACUUUGAUGCUAUAUUAGUGGGUGCCUACACAACACUUCUGGAUGUGGCAUGGCAUCAGAUGUCUGGCUUUGUGCAGAAUGGAUCAACAUUUGUUAAACACCUUUCACUGGGUUCAGUCCAGAUGUGUGGGAUAGGAAAGUAUUCUUGCCUGCCAGACCUUUCACCUUCCUUGCACGAUGUUCCCUGUAGGCUGAAUGAGAUUACAAAUGAGAAAGAACAAUGUUGUGUUUCCUUGGCAGCUGGUUUACCUCACUUUUCUUCUGGAAUUUUUCGCUCUUGGGGAAGAGAUACCUUUAUUGCACUAAGAGGCUUAAUGUUAAUUACUGGACGAUAUCUAGAAGCAAGAAACAUAAUUUUAGCAUUUGGUGGAACUUUAAGACAUGGCCUCAUUCCCAAUCUGCUUGGCCAGGGAACACAUGCCAGAUUCAACUGUCGUGAUGCAGUAUGGUGGUGGCUUCAGUGUAUCCAGGAUUAUUGUAAAAUUGUUCCAAAUGGAUUAGACAUUCUCAGGUGUCCUGUUUCUAGGAUGUAUCCGAGAGAUGACUCUUCUCCUCAGCCUGCAGGCACUGUGGAUCAACCACUUUAUGAAGUAAUACAGGAAGCAAUGCAACGACACAUGGAAGGCAUAAAUUUCCGAGAAAGAAAUGCUGGUCCACAGAUAGAUCAAAACAUGAGAGAUGAAGGUUUUAAUGUAACUGCAGGCGUUGACCAUGAAACUGGCUUUGUCUUUGGAGGGAACCGGUUCAAUUGUGGCACCUGGAUGGAUAAAAUGGGAGAAAGUGACAGAGCUCGUAACAGAGGAAUACCUGCUACUCCGAGAGAUGGCUCUGCUGUGGAAAUUGUUGGUCUGUGCAAGUCAACUGUUCGCUGGCUGCAGGAUUUAUUUAAGAAAAAUGUGUUCCCAUACCAUGGAGUCACCAUAAAAAGACAUGGAAAGGAGGAGACUAUCACAUAUGAUGAGUGGAAUAGAAAAAUUCAAGGACACUUUGAAAGGUUGUUCUUUGUCUCUGAGAACCCAGCAGAUCCUAAUGAAAAGCAUCCAAAUUUCGUCCACAAACGUGGAAUUUACAAAGACAGCUAUGGAGCUUCAAGUCCAUGGUGCGAUUACCAGCUUAGGCCAAAUUUUACAAUAGCAAUGGUUGUGGCUCCUGAGCUGUUCACCCCUCAGAAAGCUUGGAAAUCUCUGCAGAUAGCAGAGGAAAAACUACUUGGUCCAUUAGGCAUGAAAACUUUAGACCCAGAUGAUAUGGUUUACUGUGGAAUAUAUGAUAAUGCUCUUGACAAUGACAACUAUAACGUAGCCAAAGGUUUUAAUUAUCACCAAGGACCUGAAUGGUUGUGGCCUAUUGGAUACUUUCUUCGUGCCAAACUGUACUUCUCAAAGUUGAUUGGUCCAGAGAUUUAUGCAAAAACUGUCGUUUUGAUUAAAAAUGUUCUUUCUCGCCACUAUGUUCAUCUUGAAAGGUCAUCCUGGAAGGGGCUUCCAGAACUGACCAAUGAAAAUGGCCAGUAUUGUCCUUUCAGCUGUGAAAGUCAGGCAUGGUCAAUUGCUGUUAUCCUUGAAGUCCUUUAUGACUUGUAAAAGCUGCUUUUGAUUGCUGUGGUGAAACUUAGGCUGUCUUCUCGUUAUGGGGCAUAAAUGGAGACUUGGAUCACACUGCAAUGGAAGUGUCCUGUUCUGCACAAUCACUUAAGCUGUGUCUGAAGUUUUAAAAAUGCUGAAUGCCAGCAGCAGCUAUGCACUAUACCUGUGCAUUUUGGGGGGCUUUUUUGUUUUUAUUUUUUUUGAAAGUCUGGCCUGACAAUAAAAUAAGCUGCCACGCACACUUCAUGCAGAAACUUUUACAAAAGAGCAGUUUUAGAAAUAUGCACAAGCUUAUUUUAAGUAACUUUGAUUUUUUUUUUUAAAUUUCCAAAUUAAAAUCUUAUAUAUAGCAAAGUUGGAUGGUUGUUUCCUAGACUAAAGAUAGGGAAAAAUAGCUCUUUCAGGCUAACACUGGAGGUGAUCUUUUUUCUUUGUUUCUUCAAAAGUAAAGCGUUAUUUUGCACACACAUGCUUAAAGGUGAGUAGACUAACCUAUAGCUCCGUGAUUUUAGUAUGCUUUUUGCUAUGGCACCAUAGACUGAUGAAGGCUGAACAUGUUUGUUGUUAAACUGUAUUGGGAAGGGGUUUUUUGGUAUGUGUUCAGUUGAACACUGCACUGUGUAACCACAAAAAUAAAGUUUAAGAAUAUAGUAAUAAACUAACCUUACAGAGUCAUAUAUAGAAUUUUCAAAAACUUUAAAUUACUUGGAGAGUGAUAAUGCUUGAGCAAUGAAAUGGUAAUAUCCUGUGCUCAUCCAUUUAUAAAUUUAUUUAAAUGUUGUGGACUAUGCAGUCAACUUAUUUCUUCUUUUAAAUCUGUUUUUUACCAUGAGGAAAUCAGAAGAAACAUGCACACACACAGUCUAUAUGUUAGGGGAGGUCAAAGGUCCAGAAGUCUAUGUUUUUGGCCUAACUUCAGUUAAUUAAUCAAAGACACAUGGUCACCUCAGCCCUUUAUCGAUAGUAAAGUCCUGGCUCUGUUGAAGCAGGUGAAAAUAAGUAUCAACUUCAGUGGGGAAAAAAGAAUUCACUUACUUCCACAGAGAAGAGAAAAUGAAGUUUCUAGGCAUUCUGAACCUAGAUGCUAAAUCUAUGCAUAGUUCUUUGGGAAUGGCUUUCAGGUGAAAUAUGUAUGUUCUUUAAUAUUUAAAUAUGUAUAUGUCUUUAUCCAACCUCAUUUCUGUGUUCCCAAACUGAAGGGUAGUUGGUGGGAGUGCAUUUGUAAUUCCCAACUCUAUCCAUAUGAAUCUUCUAUCUCAGAGGGACAAAUGGGAAGAAAUUGAGGCUGAAAAAUAACAUUUUCAACAUCACAGCAGGGGAGAAGCAGAACUAACAGUGCAUUUCUUAAUGCUAAAAAAACAUAUGCUGAAAACAAAAACUUGCCCUGCGUUUUAUUAGUUUGUUAUAAUUACAGCCUGUGUAUGUUUUAGUACCUCUGUAGUUUGAACUUUCUUUACUCUGUUUAAAAUGCAGUGCAAGUACACUGCAUUUAAUCACAUUAAUCACAUUCAGAUGAGUGUGUUUUGGAUGUAUUUAAGGGCAAGUUAAUAGACUGAAGAUAGAUCUUUAAGACAUGGCCACACUAUUUAUUUGAAAGGUUAAUAAUAAACUUAAGUGUUUGAACUCUGGUCUUAAAGUGUUCAACACUUAAAAGUUACAGUUAGGAACUCAAGUUUUGUACUGCUAUAGUAGAUAGCUUGGGUAACUUGCUUUCUUACUUGACAGAAUGCAUGAGAUGUCAUUUGGUCAAAAACUUUAUCAAAAUGUCAGCAGCAAAUUAUUAAAAAUAUAUAUAUGCUUUUUAUAUAUAUGUGCAUUAACACAAAACAGAACUUUCCAAAAUUCUCAGUGAUACUGAGGUUUAUGUCCCACUAUUUCACUAGUCAUUGACUGUUUUCCUAGACAGUUAUUUCUAGUUUACUAUUUCAAGGUACAUUUUAUUGCUAAUGUACUUCAGAAAUUUGGAAGAAUGUGGUAGAAGAAACUGUUCUGAUGUUUGAUUAAAUAAUUUAAAAGUGGAGCCAAAGAAUUAUGACUAUUGAGGGAAAAAAAUUCCACAAGAUGUCAACUUAUAUACACUGGCAAUAACACUUUCAUUGUUGAAAAAUAUCUGGGGCAAAUUAUUAAAAUCUCCUCACUUUAUCAUAGAUAACUUUGGAAAGCUUUGGAAACUGCAUAGUUGAUACAGAGUGCAUAUUUCUAAUUUAAUAGCAUUAUAAAAGAGAAAUCACUUGUGCUUACAUAAUGCCUGUUAUGAAUUUUUUAAACAUAUGUCCAUUUAUAAUGUGCUUCACUGAUUAGUGCACAGUUUUAGUGACAGAUAAAUGCUUAGCUGACUGUAGCAAUGUAUAGCAAAGUAUAAUGUGUAGCGAAGUAUGACUGUUGUGGAUUUUUUCUUAAUCACAAACCUAUUCAAUAGUUUCAGUCAAGCUGUACAAUUUAAAAAAUUAAGGAGGAGGAAAGCAGUGUUAAAUCUAACAUUUUGAGCUGAUAGUCAUCUAGAUAAACUCUGUACCCGUCAUAAUCCCCUAAAAAUAGCUGACUUUAUAGCUUUUGGAUUUUUGAUCCUGAGCUAUUUUUUCAUUAAUAUCAUUAUGUUCCUGUAAUUUUUUGAGUAAUAUGAAAGUUAUAAUCAGCAAAAUAUUUUUUGUAAGUAAACUAAAGAACUGUGGAUCCAUUGUGCACCACUUGGUGUUUCUCGACCUGCAUGCAAUCAAGACCUUUUUUCUCUCAGCUGAAAUAGAUUUUAACUAUUACCACUGUUUUUAUUCAGUAAGUAACAUAUUCAGAGAUUAUUAAACUGAGAAUACAAAUAAUAUAAUGUAUCAUUCUAGCACUGCAUGUUGUAAUGUAAAAUGGAAAGACUGUUGCAAACUUGUAUUUUACAGGUCUCUUGUCUAGCACAGCAACCACUGAUUUUAGAAGCAGGUUCAUUUAUUUGAGCUGCACGAAAUAAAACUCUUUUAUUCAGUUAGUUAAGCUUUUUUCAUUGUAGCUUAAAGAAAAGUCAAGUGUUAUGUAAAGGAUGAUGCUCGUUUGACUCAUGAUUAUGUAGUAUUUUUAAGAGCUGAGUAUUGUUGGCCGUACUUGUUAGUAUUUGACCUGAGGAGUUCAUGAUCUUCUCUCAAGAUGUGUAAAACUGCAAAAUCCAAUGUCAGCUGUCUCAGAUCAGAAAAGCUCCAGAUGUCCCUUUCCACAUGAAUUAUUUUGUGGUUCUAAUUUUAAGUCAUGGUGUUACAAACCCCCCAAAGAAGUCAGCAGUCUUGAGAGCUGCAACACUGUUGUUAAGUAACUUUCUACAGGCUAUUUCAAGGAGUGUGAGGAGGAAAUAAAUGAUUUUCUUUCAUUUCAAUGAGGAAGGUGCCAACUUCUUUAAUUCCGUUUCUAUGUAUGACCCUUCAGCACUAAGUCUGAGGUUGCAUGCUUUACUUCCUCAAAACAAAAAUUGAAAUGUCUUGCAUUCAACCUGUGACUUCAUUACUGCUCCCUUUCUCUCAGCUUUACCAAGACCCUCCCCAUGUCUUCUGCGUGUUUGCCUUCAUCGGGCCCUUCAGGAAAGGCUGCUGCGGGUGGAGGGAGAAGCCUGUGUCUUUUAGUGCUUCUGUUUUGCUCCGUGUGCAGGAAAGGUGCAGGGAACGUGAAGGUAGAAGAGUCCUGAGUCUGCUGCUGUGUUUUCAACUAUCCUGUCAGCAGGGACAAUUUUUCUCCUUUUUGUGUGUUAGGUUCUGCUGUAUUUUCCUGUCCCAUCGUGAUCCUAAGUACUUCUGAGUUACAGUGAGCUUGUCUGCUAGUUCUUUGAAUUAGGAUUUUUUUUUCUUCUUCUUCUAAUAAAUAGUUGCCUCAGGAGGGCAAUGAACUGUUUGCUUAU